UAGGAUCAAAUUAUUUGGGGCGGAUUCGGAACCGUGAAGCAAUUCCAACGCUCACUCGACACCCUCGCCGCUUGUGACUGUCGCUGAGAGAAGAAAGAAAACUAUGGAAAUUUUUCGUUCUCAGAAUCGCAGUAACUUCUUGUCCUCCUCCAACGACGCCGUUUCGGUUCCCACCAUUCCCCUCUAUCGCUCCGCCCCGGCGCUCGAAGUCAGGCUUGAGGAUUUCGAGUCCUUCGCCAUCGACCGCCUCCGAGUUCUCAAGGGGAUUUCUGAUGGUUUGUCACGGGGAAAGAAACCUGACGAAAUGGAAAAUUUGGUAAAGGAUCUGUGGAAAGUGAAUAUGAGACACCAACACGCAUCUGAGGUUCUAAACAAGGAUAUUAUAUCUCAUUUUGUUCUGCGUUUGGUGUAUUGCAGAACGGAGGACCUGAGGAAAUGGUUUCUUUCUAUGGAAUCUGCACUCUUUCGAUACCGUUUUCGUCUUCUGAAUGCUGAAGCUCAGAGGGCAGUCAUGGAUGAAUUUGACCUUCCUUACAGGGCUGUUAGCAAUGUGGAAUUUGAGAGCAUAAAAGAGAAAUUGGGACAAGUUGCACGUUCUAUGGGUCAGCCUUCACCCACUGCUGAUGCUAUCUUCUACAAGGUACCAUUUGAAGAAGUUCCAGAGCUUGUUGCUGGACGGAAAGUGUUUAUAAAUCAAGGAUAUGCAUAUGUUGCAAUGAAUCAGAUUGUUUCACUUGUAGCCACACUAUUCCGCAGUCAGCUGUCAAAGACACUCAUCCUUACUAACAGAAAAUGGACAUCUUCAAUUAGAGAACAAGAAAAACAUAGGUUGACUCCUAUUGUGGAAGCCCUAUGCUCAAGUUAUCUGGGUCCUGAUUAUUCUCAGUCAAGAGAAUAUGGUGAUAUGUCAUUAAAGGACAUUGAUCAAGUUGCCAAGAGCUCAUUUCCUUUGUGCAUGCGUCACCUAUUUGAUAAGCUGAGGGAGGAUCAUCAUUUAAAGCAUGGAGGGAGGAUGCAACUAGGCCUCUUUCUCAAGGGUGUUGGCUUGAAUUUGGAUGAUGCACUUGCGUUUUGGAGGGCGGAGUUCUCUAAAAAGGUUGGUUUGGAGAAGUUUGAGAAACAAUAUGCGUACAGCAUACGCCAUAAUUAUGGAAAGGAAGGGAAGAGAACUGAUUAUACUCCCUAUUCUUGUCUAAAGAUUAUUUCAUCUACUCCCGGAGCUGGAGAUCAUCAUGGUUGCCCCUAUCGACAUUUCAGGUCACUCUUAAUACGUGUGCUAUCAAAUGUAUAGUUUAGCGUUCAGAAUUGGAUAUCUGAAAUGGAUGCUUUUGUCCAGUAAUUUUUACUUGAUAAAUGUCUUAAUAGAAUUAUAA